AGAAGAAAAUGAGUUUUGAUUUUAGAAAUAAACAAUUAAUUUCUUUGUAUUAGAAAACCAUCUUCCGGGUUCGUCAAUGCCCAUUUUAGCUUUCCUCUGUGUUGGUUUUAACGCGAAAUUGCUCAAAGGGAAUAGGAAAUCACGCGUUCGUUGAUUCCUAAGAAAAGAAAACAACUGUUGUGUUCGUCAAGAAAGCACUGCUACAUCGUAAAGAUGCUACAAUUUCGUAGGUACUAGGUUGUUGCACAGAAGGAAGGAAGGAAACAUUUCAUCGUCUUCGUAGGAAAACAGCUUUUCUCCAUUAAUAUAUAGAGCAGAGCAGAGCAGAGCAAGACAAUCCUCAGCAAUCACAAUCCUCAACACGUUUUCUCCGAAAUAGGUUGCGACCAAACACCUAAAAAAUCUUCCUUUUUGUAUGUUUUGAUACAAAGGACAGGUUGAGUUUGAAGAGCUCUGAAAAUUUUUUAGAGGAUAAGUAAAUAAUUUAUCCAGGGUUUUAAAUAGAGAAAAGAAAAAAAAAAAAAACAAAAUUGGGGUUGAGAGAGAGAGAGAGAGAGAGAGAGAUGGGGAACUGCUUUUCGGAUGUGCAAGGAGGAAAGCAAGCUGUGGGUGGGGUCCAACAGAGCACCACAGCUACCAACAACAACAAUCGCGGCCACAACGACGCUGUUGAGUUCUUCUACAGGUCUCGGGGGCUCCAGCAACUCUUCACCCAAGUCGAGUUAUCCCUAUCAGCAUUUAACUUGCGAGAUCGUGACAUCAUUUCGAAGAGUGAUCCCAUGGCAGUGGUAUAUGUGAAGAAAAUAGAUGGAAAACUAGAGGAGUUAGGCCGCACUGAGGUUAUACUGAAUAGCUUGAAUCCCACGUGGAUAGAAAAAGUUACAGUUGCAUUCCAGUUCGAGAUUGUACAGCCAUUGGUAUUUCAUGUGUAUGAUGUUGAUACCAAAUAUCACAAUAUACCUGUGAAGACGCUGAAAUUGGAGGAUCAAGAUUUUCUUGGAGAGGCCACGUGUGUUCUAUCAGAGGUACUUACCAAACAAAAUCGGAGUUUAACCCUUAAUCUUCAUAGUAAAAUUGGGCAUGUGGGUUUGAGGAACUUAGGGGUACUCACCAUCCAUGCAGAGGAAACAGUUGCUUCAAGGAGGGUUGUUGAGAUGAUACUCCAUUGUUCUUACUUGGAUAACAAGGACAUAUUUUCUAAAAGUAACCCUUUUCUAAGAAUAUCUAGAAUUGUUGAGAGUGGAGGCUCAAUUCCAAUAUGCAAGACUGAAGUGGUGAACAACAAUUUAAAUCCAACAUGGAAACCCCUAUGCCUGAGUAUGCAGCAGUUUGGAAGUAAGGAUAACCCAUUGAUUAUCGAGUGCUUUGAUUUCAACAGCAGUGGCAAACAUUCGCUUAUUGGUAAACUUCAGAAGUCAGUGGCCGACCUGGAAAAACUUCAUGAAGGUAGAAGUGGUGCAAAUCUUACCAUAACAUCUCAUCAUGGUCACAAGAAGGUUUUGAAGGGAGAGCUGUUUGUGGAUCAAUUUUGUGAGAAGGAACAAUACAGCUUUCUUGAUUACGUUUCUUGUGGAUUUGAGCUCAACUUUAUGGUUGCGGUUGACUUUACAGCCUCAAAUGGAAAUCCUCGGAACCCAGAUUCUUUACACUACAUUGAUCCUUCUGGCCAGUUGAAUUCUUAUCAGAAGGCUAUAAUGGAGGUUGGGGAGGUCAUUCAGUUUUAUGAUUCUGAUAGGCGCUUUCCUGCAUGGGGCUUCGGUGGAAAAACAUUUGAUGGAACCAUCUCACAUUGCUUCAACCUGAAUGGAAGUGCAGGUAGCUUUGAGGUUGAAGGAGUUGAAGGCAUCAUGUCUGCUUAUGCAAGUGCUCUACAUAAUGUUACUUUGGCUGGACCAACGUUGUUUGGCCAAGUGAUUAAAACAGCUGCUCAAAUUGCAAGCCAAUCCGUUUCAUACAACAGCAAAAAGUACUUCGUUUUGCUCAUUAUUACGGAUGGAGUCCUUACAGACCUUCAAGAAACGAAAGACGCUUUGGUGAAGGCAUCUGAUCUUCCACUAUCAAUUCUUAUAGUGGGAGUGGGAAGUGCAGAUUUUGGACAAAUGGAGGUCCUUGAUGCUGAUAAAGGACAACGAUUAGAGAGCUCUACAGAUCGUGUUGCUACACGUGACAUUGUACAGUUUGUUCCAAUGCGAGAUGUUCAUGGUGGGCAGAUUUCUGUGGUCCAGGCUCUUUUGGAAGAGCUACCAGGACAGUUCUUGACGUACAUGCGGUGCAGAGAUAUCAAGCCACGCCCUCUCCAUGAAGCCCAAGCGUCUGGUACUUAAGUAUAUGCCCAUGCGUUUGGAUAGGGUCAAGUAAGGUGUGAUACCGCUGAUCAACAGGCGCAACUGCCAAUGUUUUCUGAAGUCUGUCCCACUGAUAGAUUGACCCGCCUGAAAGUAGGUGUUUCCUUUUUCCUUCGAGGGUGUGGGCAAGGAGUUGCAGUUUUAAUGCCAAGAAAUAGAAGGGUAUAUCAGAUUGUUCGACGUCGCUCUCUCCCCUCGAAAGAAACCCCCACCGAGAGCCUUUCCCUCUCCCACUGACGCUUGUCUCUUCUUUUGCUCCAAGUUCUUUUUUAAUCCGCGCUAGCCAUUGAAGGCCAGAUACAUUGUAUUUUAUCCAUUCAACAAUCUCACUUGCACACCACCAAUGGAAGCAUCAGUUCUUGAUCAUCGACCUAUUCCACCAUCCAAAAGAAGUCUGCCGCCUGUGCGUACAUGGUUGUCAAAAGCCAUUUGCAGCAACCACUAUGCCGCCCAUAUGGUAAUGAUUUUGGCCCUUUUUUUAAAGCCACUCUCUUCUAGUUGGUCGCUGGUUGGCUUACUAGCAUUUGUUGUCCUUAUUUUCUUCAUUUGCAGCCAUGGAUGCACCACCAGGCCAACUGUCUCCUCAUUGAGUGUACGACUCACUCUUCUACCGUACGUUUUGAUCAAUGCAUGAGCCAUACGUGCCAUCGUCAGUGCAUAUGGUCCUGAUCAUGUACCGCCACACCACCACCCUUCACGCCCCUACCUUCUAUACCUUCACUUCUGUAACUUUUAUUUCCUUUUUAUUAUUUUCUUCUUCUUUUGUUUACGUGUUUAUGAUGGCCAACUAUGGGACCAGACUAAUUAUCUGAUACCAUUUUUCGAGUCGUGUUUA